CCCAACCAUGAGCUGCAAUACAAAGGCAACAGUUGGCCAGACCAGACUGGGCCAACCGGAGGGAGCUCAGCACCGCUGUGGCCAUGAUGGGGAGCGUGGCCAGGUCCACUGCUGCCACCGGCCUCCUCUUGCUCCUCUUCCUCCAUCCAGUAGCAGCCUUCUGGCUUUUCAACGUCCUCUUCCCCCCCAGUUCCACACCCGAAGCGGCAGUCUCCAACAACACCCCUCCUGUCAUACUUGUGCCUGGUUGUCUGGGGAACCAGCUAGAAGCCAAACUGGACAAGCCGGACGUGGUGAACUGGAUGUGCUACCGCAAGACAGAGGACUAUUUCACCAUCUGGCUGAACCUGAACAUGUUUCUGCCCCUGGGAGUGGACUGCUGGAUUGACAACACCAGAGUGGUGUACAACCGGACCACGCGGAGGACCUCCAAUGCCCCCGGGGUCCACAUUCGAGUCCCUGGGUUUGGCAAAACAUACUCGGUGGAAUAUUUGGACAAGAGCAAACUGGCCGGCUACCUCCACACCUUGGUCCAGCACUUGGUCAACAACGGCUACGUGCGCGACCAGACCGUGCGCGCCGCCCCUUACGACUGGAGGAUCGGGCCCAACGAGCAGGAGGCCUACUUCCUCCGGCUGCGGGGGCUGGUGGAGGAGAUGCGCCAGGCCUACCAGAAGCCCGUCUUCCUCGUCGGACACAGCAUGGGCAACCUCCACAUCCUCCACUUCCUGCUCCAGCAGAGCCCCGCCUGGAAGAAGCGCUUUGUCGGGGGCUUUAUCUCGCUGGGGGCCCCCUGGGGAGGAGCCGUCAAGUCCAUGCGGGUCCUGGCCUCCGGGGACAACCAGGGCAUCCCGAUCAUGUCCAGCAUCAAGCUCCGCGAGGAGCAGCGCAUGACCACCACCAGCCCCUGGCUCUUCCCGACGCAGCUGGCCUGGCCCCCGGGCCACGUCUUCGUCUCCACGCCGCACCGCAACUACUCCUUCGGCGACUACCGGCGCUUCUUCGCCGACGUGCGCUUCGAGGACGGCUGGUUCAUGUGGGAGGACACGCGGGGGCUGCUGGAGGGGCUGCCGGCGCCGGGGGUGCCGGUCUUCUGCCUCUUCGGCAGCGGGCUGCCCACCCCCGAGGGCUACGUCUACGACGAGCGCUUCCCCUUCGAGGACCCCGUCGAGGUCCGCCUGGCGGACGGCGACGACACGGUCACCACCCGGAGCCUGGAGCUGUGCAAGCGCUGGCGGGGCAGGCAGGCCGAGCCCGUCUGGGUCCAGGCCCUGCCCGGCCUCGACCACCUGGGCAUGGUCUUCCACAACCGCACCCUCCGCCUCCUCAACCGCAUCCUCUUCGGGACCUGGGACCAGGAGCAGCAGCACCAGGAGCAGGAGGAGUGGGGCCAGGGCCAGUGAGGAGGAGGAGGAGGAGGGGGCGCAGAGGGCCAGGACGGAAUGGCCGACGGAAGAGAGCCGGAGGGGGGUCUCUGGCCGCCUCGCUUCGGAAGGAAGGCCCUGGCCGGGACCGGACCCUGGGGCGAAUGGGAGGGAGGGAGGGGGCGGCAAGGACGGA